GCGUCCUCGCUCUGAGGGAAUGGCCCAGUGGUUCUGGUGUGUGCAAUAUGUCAUCGUCUCUUCCUUACUAUCUGUGCUGGCAGAUGAACAAGAGUACCGGCUUACACGGUAUCUCAUGGCUAACUAUGACGCAUCAGUCCGACCGGCAGAGAAUUCUUCGGUCCCCCUCAAAGUCAUUUUUGGAAUAUCUCUUCACCACAUCAUCGAUGUUGAUGAAAAGAACCAGAUCCUGACCACAAACUGCUGGUUGACCCAAAUCUGGGAGGAUCACCAUCUCAAGUGGAACGCUUCAGACUUUGCUGGAAUUAAAGUGAUCAGAGUGCCUUACAACCGAGUUUGGAAACCCGACACGAUUCUCUACAACAAUGCCGAUUCGCAGUACAGUUCAGCUGUCAUCAACACCAACGUAAUAGUGAGCAGCAGCGGUGAAGUGGUGUGGCUGAGUCACGGUAUCUACCGCAGCUCUUGUGACAUCGAUGUAGAGUAUUUCCCCUUCGACAUACAGAGCUGCAACAUGAAGUGGGCGUCAUGGACGUACGACGGGUACCAGCUGGAUUUAGUCAAACAGAGUGAGGAGGGUGACGUCAGCAACUACCAAGCUAACGGCGAGUUCGACCUCGUGAGUUUCGAACCCGUGAAGCACGUUGAGUUCUACUCCUGCUGCCCCGAGCCCUACCCUGACAUCACUUACGUCAUCAAGCUGCGGCGCCGACCAAUGUUUUACGUCUUUAAUCUCAUUUUACCCUGCAUCCUCAUCAACUGCAUCGCACUCUUGGUCUUCUACGUUCCGUCCGAGUCGGGUGAGAAAGUCACUCUUGGUAUCAGCGCACUCCUCAGCAUGACCGUAUUCCUGAUGACGAUUCGUGAGACUCUGCCCCCCACGGAGAAAACGCCUUUAAUCAGUAUGUACUACGGCGUCAGCAUCUGUCUCGUGUCCUUCGCUUCAGGACUGUCAGUGGUGACUUUGAAUGUCUACCAUAGGGGUGUUCGUGGCACCAAGGUUCCCCCCAUCAUUAAGAGCCUCAUCCUCGGCAAGUUGGCCAGGAUAGUGAUGCUCCAGUUCGAGCCCCGGGACAAGUCGUCGGCGGAAGUAAACUCCAGGACUGGUACCCGCCUGGAUUGUCCUCGGCCUCAGAGAUGGUCCUCCGUGGAGGAUGGGGAGUACCAGUGCAACAACCUUGACACCAGCCAGAUGUCCCCGAGGUUCAUCUCCAGACACCGUCUCUCCCGGACAGAAACUAGCCCUGACAGCUUCGAGGCGCAGUUCCUGCGGGUGCUACACCGAGUGAACUGCACCAUAGAACGGAACGAGAUCCGCCUGGCGGAGCAAGAGAGGAGGGAGUGCACCGAGAUUGAGUGGAAACAGGUGGCGCUGGUGUGUGACCGGUUCCUAUUGUGGGUAUUCCUGAUCACGACCGCCAUCACUACCACCGUGAUCCUCUGCGGGUCACCUUACGGACCUUGAUAUCAUCCUUUGGUUCUUAAAUGUUGACAGGUGGCGCUGGUGUGUGACCGGUUCCUAUUGUGGGUAUUCCUGAUCACGACCGCCAUCACUACCACCGUGAUCCUCUGCGGGUCACCUUACGGACCUUGAUAUCAUCCUUUGGUUCUUAAAUGUUGACAGGUGGCGCUGGUGUGUGACCGGUUCCUAUUGUGGGUAUUCCUGAUCACGACCGCCAUCACUACCACCGUGAUCCUCUGCGGGUCACCUUACGGACCUUGAUAUCAUCCUUUGCUUCUUAAAUGUUGACAGGUGGCGCUGGUGUGUGACCGGUUCCUAUUGUGGAUAUUCCUGAUCACGACCGCCAUCACUACCACCGUGAUCCUCUGCGG